CCUCAGCACAUCCAAACCCCUCCCCUGCCACCGCCGGGUUUUGCGCGCGCCACCAGUUCCACCGACUUCGACGUCCUGGAAAGUCCGUUCCUUAAGCUGUGGCCAUUUUUAUUUGUCGCCGGCAGUAUUGGGGAUUUAAUUUCGCCUACCUCCUAGAGCCCGGGACGUGAAUCUCCAAGCAGAUCCAGCACCGUCUCACCUGCACACAGGACUUGUACCAUACAAUAACCAGAAACCAGGCAGGAAAAAUCAAUACUGACCCCUUCACACCCUGGACACAACCUCUUUCAGCUCCUCCCUUCUGGCAGUCAUGAAAACCUCCUUUGGGCUCCUGGCCACAAUACUGUGGUGCAUCUUACCAAGUGUCUCAUGGGCUGCUAAGAUAAUUGUAGUCCCUCCAAUAAUGUUUGAGAGCCACCUGUACAUCUUUAAGACACUGGCAUCUGCGCUCCAUGCCGAGGGUCAUGAGACGGUGCUGCUGGUGUCAGAGGGGCGAGACUUGGAGCCGUCGGAGUACUAUCGCCUGCAACGCUACCCAGGUAUUUUCAACAGCUCCUCAGCAGCAGAUGACUUCCUGCAGGCCAAGGUUCACAACAUCUUCUCAGGCCGCCCAACACCGCUGGAGCUCUUUGACAUCCUAGAGCACUAUGCACAGAACUGUGACAGUGUGGUGGGCAGCGGGUCAGUGAUGGCACAGCUGCAGCAGGAACACUUUGACCUGUUGCUUGUAGACCCUAACGAAAUGUGUGGCUUCGUGUUGGCGCACAUCCUGGGUGUGCCCUAUGCUGUCUUCAGCACAGGCCUGUGGUAUCCAGCAGAAGUGGGUGCACCAGCACCACUCUCUUAUGUACCCGAGUUCAACUCCUUGCUAACAGACCACAUGACACUGACACAGAGAGUGACCAAUACUGUUGUGUAUUUAGCAUCACGCAUAGGAGUGCACCUGCUUGUGCUGCCCAAGUACGACCGAAUAAUGUGGCGUCACGCUGUGCAGCCACCAGCCUCCAUGCAUGAACUGGUACAGGGCAGUCGUCUAUGGAUGCUUUGUACUGACUUAGCUCUAGAGUUUCCUCGGCCCACGUUACCACACGUCGUCUAUGUUGGAGGAAUCCUCACCAAGCCACCGAGCCCUCUGCCACAGGAAUUUGCUACCUGGGUGAACGAGACGGACGAGCACGGGUUUGUGGUGGUUUCGUUCGGCGCAGGAGUGAAGUACCUCUCUGAUGACAUCAGUUACAAGCUGGCAGGAGCACUGAGCCGUCUACCUCAAAAAGUCAUCUGGAGGUUUUCUGGAGUUCCCCCGAGGAACCUGGGUAACAACACGAAGCUGGUGGAAUGGAUGCCACAGAAUGACCUGUUGGGACACAAAAACACAAGGGCGUUCUUGAGCCACGGUGGCCUGAACAGCAUUUAUGAAGCCAUGUACCACGGUGUGCCGGUUGUCGGUGUGCCACUCUUCGGCGAUCACUAUGACACCAUGACGCGAGUGCAAGCCAAAGGAAUGGGCAUCAUGCUGGAGUGGAAAAAAAUGAGCGAGGAGGAUCUUUAUAUGGCCAUGCUCAGCAUCAUCACAGACAGCAGGUAUAGAGAAAAAGCCCUGAAGUUGUCCGAGAUCCACAAAGAUCAGCCUGGCCAUCCAGUGACACGUGCCGUUUACUGGAUCAACUACAUCCUGCGGCACCACGGCGCCGAGCACCUGCGCUCGGCCGUCUACGGCGUCCCCGUCUACCAGUACUUUCUGCUGGACGUCGCCGCCGCCCUGGUAGCUGGCUUGUUUCUCAUCUGCUACUUCGUGUACUGGAUAGUUCGACUGGCCCGCUCGUGUUUGAGGAGACGCAUGGCCGUGGUGGAAAAGGCCAACGGACACUGUCACAAUGGCAUCGCAAAUGGCAAGCACAAACGCAAUGGCCACACCAAGAGCCUCGACAAGAAGCUCAAAUAACACCUACGCAAAAAUAAAUCAAAAAUUAAUAGACGCUGAAGCUAUACUAAAGAGGAAAAACUAACGAAAUGCCACGAUCGACAGGAGGUAAAUACACAGCUAAACAAAACAAGAGGAAGGCGUGAGCUGAUAGCCAAAUGGAACGUGAGUGAGGAAAAAAAAAAGAUAUUUGGAAUGCGCUUUUCCGUUGAUCAGAGUCUGAUUUCUUCACUCGUCCGUUUGGAUCCAGCGAACGUCGUUGUGUGAUUCGGAAUCUCGAAUCUAUCCUUGCAGAAGAAAAAGUGACAGUUUUAAUGUUACAAAUAGAUUUUAUUAACUAUCCCUCCUGACGAUGUCUUAAGUUUCAGGUGUCUGUAUAGAAUAUCUGUAUUUUUAAUUUUUUUUCAACUAAUUGUUUUGGAAAUAUUUUUGUGCUAUCCCUUAUCAAUCUCGAAGGUGCUCACCUCCUAUAAAUAUAAUUGUUGGUUGUUGAGAAUGAGAGAGAUUAGGCCUUAAACAAAAACUACAACCCUUAAUGACUGAUAUCCAAUUCUAAAUUGGUCUAAAGAUUAUCUCCAAUGGUGCAAAAGAUUAUGUUUCUAACUUAAUACCUCACCACGAAGGACUGUUUUCACUUACAGUAAAUGCCUCCAAUGUUACCCACAAUGCCGAUAGUGAUGAUGGUGAUGAUAGUGAUGCGGUGACGAUUUAGCUAUUAUUUUAUCCCUGCCUAAAGAGAGCAUUGUAGCGGCACUUUAGUCCUUUGGUCUGUGCAGCUUUCACCUCGUCAUCCCGGGCCACGAGAGCACAUCGAAUACACUGCACCAGCUGACAAAUCAGCACCAGGCUCGCUAAACACGAAUAUUACAACAUGUGUGAAUUUUUUUGGAAAAUUUUCCUAACACUAAUAACACAGUGCGAUUUAGUAAAACUGUGCAUAAGUGCUGCUGCUACCAGGUAAUCCUAGUUCGCCAUAGAGCAAGCCCACCUGCCAUUGUUAUUUUUUUUUUCUAUUAGGAUAUUUAAAUCUUAAUUUAAACGAAACCCUUUAAAGUGUAGAUGUGGUUGUUUCAAGCGUGUAGACAUGUUUUCAAACGAUAGGCAAUAGUCAUAGAUUGCUAGAUUUUACACAAAUUUUCCCAAUAUACUUUUUGUCUCUUAAACAGAAAAACACACGAUUUAAUCUUCCACUUUAUUCUUUUUCUUGUCCUUACACUCCUUUUCAUUUUGCCUUCAGGCACUUAACUCUGUGUUUUUGUGAAACAGGUUUGAUUGUUAAUGUGUAGAAUAAACGUAGAGCUGAUGUACGUCCAGAGGGGGCGUGUCCUCUGAGGCCUUAUAUUGUAAAUCUUUGGUACUGUAGUUAAAAUCUCAUGAUACACCAUGCCUCUUUGGAACCGGCCUUUUUAAAAAAAAUUUUUUAAUUGAGCUGUGAUUGUUUUAUCGUACCACUGCUGCUUGAAGGGUUCCAAUCAUUUCACACAAAUCAGAACGAUUUGUACUUUUUCUAUUGAUCGCUCAUGCAACACAACACAAUUCGAAAUUAUUUCCAGCUAUGUGGCAUAAUUUAGAAAGAAAAAGAGAGAGGAAGGAAAUGACUCUUAAAUCCUUUGAUUUGUAUGACUAAACAUUCAAGUAAAGUGUAACCACCUUGUUUCCCCCUUUGUCUUUGGAAUGAGUUGUCAGAACUUUGCAGUGAAACACACACUGACUGACAUCUCAGUCCAGUGAGCAUGUCAGAUAACAUUAAACACAACAAUAAAAGCGUGUAAAUAAUUCAGACGUUUCAGCCAUUUUCUCUGUGAGCUUUAGCCAUUUUUACCAGCCAAGCACUGUUUAUAUAAUUUAUGUCCAUACUUGAAUAUUGUACUGUACAUGGCUGCAAAUUGGCUGGAAAGGCACAUAGGCUAUGACUGGAGAAAUGACUACACCCUGAUAACUCUUUUAUCCAUUUAGCCCUCACUUUCUGCUCACUUUUUUUGGUCACAAUUACAGUAUUAAUAGAUGCCUAAUAGCUGAAGGAAUAACUUUAGUUGCUUAAUUUAGUGCACGACGAGUGUGCCUGAGCAACUAUAUAAAGUGUGUGUGUAUGUGCGCCAUCUUUAUACAGCUCAUUUAAAACAUGCAACAAGAAAACUUUCCUUAUUAUUUCUUAACCACUUUCUGUCCCUUUAGUGUCAGGUUCCACUGAGUUUAUACCUGCUUACACCUUUUUUUUAUUAAGUAAUGAUUUAAAUAUUUUAAGUGUCUAUCGUGUGUCAGUUGUAAUGUAAAUAUAGUAUGUAAACAAAAUUACUAAUGUUAAAUAAACAUUAAAUAUUUUGUUUGCCUUAAA